AUGGUGGAGACAUAUGCCAGAGAAGUGUCAUCUGGUGGAGGCAUGGCUGCUGUCUUUAACAAUCAGGUGGAGUUUGCGGUUGAUGGCUCUAUCAAUGGCGAGACAUCCGGAAAUGCUGCUAUUGGUGAGGUCAGCAGAAUAGCUGUUGAAAACAGAGCUGGAGGAAGUUCUGCUGAACCUUACAAACAAGAUCAAGAUGAUAAUGUGACUCGAGAUUCUUCUGGAGGAGAAACUAUACCAUCAGCAGUUCCUGCCGUAUCACUUGCAUCUGUUGAUGAGCCCUAUGUGGGUCUGGAGUUUGAUUCGGAAGCAGCAGCACAUGCAUUUUAUAAUGCAUAUGCCACUCAAGUUGGAUUCAUCAUACGCGUAAGUAAACUCUCACGAUCAAGGCGUGAUGGAACUGUUAUUGGACGGGCUCUAGUUUGCAACAAAGAGGGUUACAGAAUGCCUGACAAGCGUGAAAAGAUUGUAAGGCAAAGGGCAGAGACAAGGGUUGGUUGCCGGGCAAUGAUCUUGGUGAGGAAAGUUAGUUCUGGUAAAUGGGUUGUUACAAAGUUUGUAAAGGAGCACACACAUCCUCUGAGUCCUGGAAAAGGUAGAAGGGAUUGCGUAUAUGAACAAUAUCCGAAUGAGCACGAUAAAAUUCGGGAACUUUCUCAGCAGUUGGCAAUAGAGAAGAAGCGUUCUGCAACUUAUAAAAGACAUCUUGAAUUGAUAUUUGAUUACAUUGAUGAGCACAAUGAGAGCCUUUCAAAGAAAAUACAGCACAUUGUAGACUGUGUGAAGGACAUGGAAACCAAAGAAGAGCAAAGUCACUGA